AUGGCGACUCUGCAAGGCACCGUCGAAUCGGUCAGCGCAAUCUGUGCCGAGAACGUUGCUGUGGCCAUCUCGAAUACAGAGGGUUGGCUCAAGAACAACAAUCUGCUUGGAGUCACAAGCGGCCAUCUACUCUUGGCCAUCGCGCUCGUGGCAUCAAGCGUUGUUUCGGUCAGCAAGGUGAUCAAGAACUACCGUCGAGGCACCGGUGCCCUCGAGCUAGUUUGGAACUGGGAUAUCCACAACAUGCAUCUGCUCAGCCAAGCAUGUCUGCUUGUUUAUGGACUCGUUUCGGUCGGAGAGUUCAUCUCGUUUCAUCAAGGUCUUGAGCAGCCUUUGGUCAUCUUGGCCGCUGUAGACUCACUGGUCUUGAACAUUGUCCAACAUGCUAUGGCACUGCUAGCCUUCUGGCCCAUCAUUCGCUCGAGUCCAACCCAUCGCCCCACUUUCCUACCGAUGAUGGUGGCCAUUGCGACGUUACCGACGGUGGUCUACACUGUCGCUGUCUGUGUCUAUGCAACCACACCAUCUUCCGACGCCAAUGCAGUCAGCUUGCCCGUCUCGAUUGCAAAGUAUGCCUGGAUUACAGCAAUAGCCGCCCGGGGCUUGACCUCCAUCCUGUCGAUAGCACUGGAGUGCGCAUCAAGAUUUGCCCUUGGCCAUUAUAGUCCGACAAAGAUUCAGACGCUGAACUUGAUAUUUGCCCUCGCCAACGCUGCCAACUCUGUGUUUUCGAUUCUCUUUGCCCUUGGCCUGGCAUGCCCUGUGAUCCAAGUAUCAGAAAGCGACGUUUGGAUCGACUACAAGGCGUGGCAGUCCUUUGUGACACUUUGGAUCUUGGUGUCGGUUAGUGCCUUGUCUCCGGGGAUCGCGGACGAGCUUCCCUCGCCAAGUCAUCACGACCACUACAAGGUUCCGGAGCACAUUCAGGGCGGUGGCUGCGACAUGGUCGUCACCCGGGUAUGGAAUCAUAUCGCCGUUACCGACCAUGCCUGA